AUGAAACCCCUCUCUAAAGCAACCAUUGCUACUAUUGUCUCUCUUCUUACUUCUGGUCACUCCUAUGCCUCUAUCAAGGCCCAGACUGGAGCUAGUGCUGGUUCUAUCACCAAGAUUUGCCAAGACUACUGUCCUGGAGCAGUGGUUUCCCAUGGAGGAUGCCCAAAGAAGCUGACUGGUGCCAAUAUCACCUAUACCAAGCGUGGAAUUUGA